AGAAUUGGAAGGUAUUACUUGCAGAGAAUUGAUUUCAAAAGUGUAUUGAUUGCAUUCCCUAGUGUAAAUUAAAAAUAGUAAUACAAUUUUUUUCAAGGUGAAAAAGUGAAAAGUGACUUUACACAAUAAGUGCAAACAGUGAUAUAACUGAAUACGUCAAAAGAGGUAAGAGCAAUAUUCCAGAUUUGAUAGAGCAGAUAAAGAGUGAUAGAGCAGAUAAGGAGAAAGUAACAUUGUGAUAAAGAGGUAUCUGAAAAAUCAAGUGAACUGGAUUGAGUGAAAAUUGGUCUUUGUAAAUUUGACUUGGAAUAUAAAGUGUAAAAAAGGAAAAAGCUUGAUUGAAGUCGAGGUUACAGAUAAAAUUUUAUAGUGUUUGAAACGGGCAAUUGAUUUUCAUUACAAAGAAUAAAACAACUUUUUAAAUACAAAGGACUAAGUGAUUUGGGCUGAGCUUUAUAGAAUUUUGCAAAUACAAAUUUAAUUUAUUGACAAAAAUACAGAUAAAAGAUACAAAAAGGCACUAAAAUUUUAAAAGGGGUAAGACUAAUGCAUAACUGCAACUAGGGAUAAACUUGAGUAAAGUGAAAGAGUUAAAAUACAGAAUAAAGGCUAGAAGCGUUAUUGCAGAAUUUGAUUUAGAAAAUAGUGAUAUUUUUUCUCAAAGGGUAAAAUAGUGACCUUGUUGAUAAAAAGAGAAAUUUGAGUGAACCUGACUGAGCAAAUUAAUAGUCAUUCAUAAAUUUGACUAGGGAUAUAAAGUUUGAUAGAGGAAAAAAAUAUCUCGCUUGAUUAUAGUUAAAGUUAUAUAUGAAAAUAUAGAGUUCCUUACAGAUAAGAUACUGAAAGGUACUAAAAUUUUGAGAGGUGGAAAGAGUGAUAUUUCACAAGUGCAACCAGUCAUAAACCUGAGUACGUUGAAAGAGAUUAAAUAUAGAGUAAGAGCUAAAAGCAAUAUUGCGGAUUUGAUUUAGAAAAGAGUGAUACACUUGAAAAUAAAGGUAGAAAGAGUGAUUUUGGGAUAAAAAGAGAAAUUUGAGUGAACUUGACUGAGCAAAUUAAUAGUUAUUCAUAAAUUUGACUAGGGAUAUAAAGUUUGAUAGAGGAAAAAAAUAUCUUGCUUGAAUAUAGUUUAGUUAUAUAUGAAAAUAUAAAGAGUUCCUUACAGAUAAGAUACUGAAAGGUACUAAAAUUUUUGAGAGGUUUAAAGUGGAGAGAGUGAUAUUGCACAAGUGCAACCAGUCAUAAACCUGAGUAGGUUGAAAGAGAUAAAAUAAAACAGUAUCUUGGAUUUGAUUUAGAAAAGAGUGAUACACUUGAAAGUAAAGUUAGAAAGAGUGUUAUUGAGAUAAAAAGAGAGAAAUUUGAGUGAAGCAAUUAGCAUUUAUAAAUUUGACUUGGGAUAUAAAUCUGAUCAAGGGAAAAACCUUGCUUGAUUACAAUUUGAAUUGUAUACGCAAAUAUAAAGAGUAGCUGAUAGGCAGUGAUUACUUUUACCCUCCCCCAAAGAAAAACUUCAAUUGCAAAGAAGCAAAUAUAAAUUUGGUCCAAAUUUUGCAAAUACAAGUGAGCUUUAUUGACAUAAUACAUUUAAAGGUACUUUUGUGCGGGUAGUGAAUUUUAAAGGAAACGUUAAGACCUUGAAAGACAAUUCAUUGUGUGCGUACUUCUCAAAUUUUUAAUUUUUUAUCUGUUGGAAUAAAGAAAUUGAAAAUGGCUGCCACUCAAUUCGGCUCAAUUAUUCAUGAGAUUCUAAACAUGCUUUCCAGUUACACAUCAAUGAUCAACUCAGAUAUUGGUAAAUGUUGUCAUUGCAUGAAUGACAUCAAUGAAAGUGACACUUAUGUAACAUGUGAAUGUUGCAACAACCAUUUUCAUGUGACUUGUGAGGGAUACUUGAACAAUGACAAACUUGCUGACCAGAAAUUGGUUUGGAUUUGCCCAUGCUGUGGCCAUAGCAACAUUGGUAAUCGAAUAUUUGACAGAGUAUGUAUUCCAUCUCAUUAUAACAGAUAUGAGUCUCUCAUGUCGGCAGAUGUUGAUGAUGACAAUGACAAUGAGAACAUGGAAAUCUUCAAAGAGACAAGACGAAAAAGGAGAGCAAAGAAGAGGUAUGUUAAAGUAAAAAAGAGCACAGUGUUUGCAGAGCAAUGCAGCAGAUGUGAAAAUGGUGUAACAGACAAUCUGUCUCAUUUCAAAGAUCAAAACUUACUCAAUGAAGAACUUGAUGAUUGGGUAAAAGUGGAAUGCAAAAGAACAAAAUUGAUGGCAAGAAAAACAGAAGGAAGAACACAUUCAGAUGAAGAAAACGAACAGGACAAAAGAAAGAGAAGAUCAGUUAAUGGUGUAUUGUUAGAACCAGGUGUAACCUACAUUGGCAAAGCAUUCAAGAGAUUUUAUGGUAGUCGUGAAAGAAAAAUCAAAGAACAGAAAGAAGAGUGUAAGGUGACCCAGAAAAUGGAAAAUAAAGAAAUAGAUGUCAAUGUGCAAUCCUACGUAGAAACUUUAUUGAAUAUUUAUGCUUGUAGUGUGAAAUCUCCAUGUUCCAUGAAGUUUUACAAUGAAGCCAAUGAGGUAAUUGAAACAAUGCAAAACCAAUCUUAUGCUCAUGUAACAAGUUGUUUGUCUUCAUUGUCAAAAGCAGGUUUGACUAAGCACUUGAACCCGAAGACGUGUGUUGUUGUGGAAAAGAUGCAGGAUUUGAGACGAUACAGAGUUCAUGCAGGUGGUAGAAGAGGAAGAGGUCAAAGAAGGAACAUGAAAGGUCAGUUCACGAAAGUGAAUCAAAGAGAUGAUAAUUGCUCUGAUGUUUCAAAGAUUCCAAAGAAAGAGGUCAGAACACAAUCUAACAAAGAUAUGAUUGAGAAUAAUGCAAAUUGUAAGGAAGUCCCAGUGGCUCAUCCGUUGAACAGUUUUGGUAAAUCAAUUACAGUAGGCAAAGUUGAAGAAGAGUUGACAAACAGAAAUGUAGAUCACCAUCUAUACAUACAUUCUAAUGAGGGUGCAUGUGCAACAGAUGAAAUUUGUAAACAUAUGUCUAGUAAAGAAACCAUGAACAUUCCAGAUAGAGUAAGCCAAGUUGAAUUACAGAUCGAUCUUGAAGAAAAUGAGAGUGAUAGUGAUAUCGACAUUGACACACCUAUCAAACGCAAUCGUGGGAGAAAUUGCAUAGAAUCUGAUUCAGACACAAAUGUUGAUGAUGACAUCAUACUGAUCAGUUCAUUUGAAAGUGAAAGGUCAUGUCAGGGUAUAGAUACACAGCAUAAACACAAGAGGCUUACUCGUUGA